AGCAGUUUUAUGUCGCUUAGUAAUUUAUUUGUUGACAUAUAUGGGCAAUUCUCCUAGAUAGAUUAUUUUUAAGUUUUGAUCACAAAUAUAGACCACAAAGAAAAAAAUGAUUAAAACAUUUUAUUUAAUAAGUAAAAUGAUCCUAAUACCUUAGAUAUAUAAAAAAAUUAAAAAAAUAUUUUUAUAGUUUUAGAUUAUAUAUUUUCAAAUUCGAACUUUUUUAUAACAUUUUUUCUUAAAAAAAAAUUUCAAAUUUUUUUUUUAUUUUUUUAAAAAUUUUCUUCUUGUAAUUUGAAAAUACUUUUUGAAACUAUUUUUAAAAUUUUAUUUUCAAACUUUUAAUAUUUUUUUUUUUAUAAAAUUUUAAAUCUCAAUCUCAAAUCUCCACUCCUAACUCUAAACCUUAAUAUUUGGAUUAGUUAACCCCUAGGAGUAUAAGUGUAUAUGUACCUCUUUAAUAAAACAUUUUGAUCACUUUAAUCCUUAAAAUAUAUAUUUGUCACAUAACCUUUUUUAAUACUAUCUUAGGGUAUUUCCCUAUAUAUAUUUAUAGAAGAAAAAGAAAACUAAAUUUGACACAAGGAAAUAAAAAGGUUUGGUUAUAUAUGCGACUGGCUGCCCUAAUUUAAAUCUGAUAAUGCAUGUCUUCUAGUUCUCUAGGUCCUUUGAAAAAUUCUGUUGUGGGAGAAAGAAUAUGUAGAAAAUGACUGACUAGUCCCCUCAUAUUCUUGUAUAAAGAUUGAUAUCAUUACGCAAACUCCAAAGGUAUACAUGAAAAAGAGUCUUGGGAGGUAGGAAUUAUAUCAACUGCCAACAAACAUUAUUGAGUUAUGGUUCUUGUGACUGUUAGUGGAAAUAUAUCUCCGGAGUCUAGAGAGAGCAAAAUAUAUUUUAGAAUGUGAGCUACCAUUUCAACAACUCACGGGAAGUGUUUUCUUUUAAUAAAAUGUAUAGUUGCCAAAAUAAUACGUUCUGAUUUUUUUUUUUAAACUUCAAAAUACGUUUGUAAGAGUAAGAGACAUACACUGAUACAGUUUCCUUCCUAUAAAUCGAAUACUAUGGAGAAACUCAGUUCAAAGAUAAAAUACUUCAUGUAUAUUAAUAGACGCAUUAUAAGUAAUAACUCACGGAACCAUUUUACACAUGACUUACACUACAACACACUUCACACAAGCUAAAUGUUAUAGAAGUUUGUUACAUUUUUUGGAUUAUGCGAAAACGAGUAACCAAAGAAAGCGAUGUCCAACAUGUUAGUGGGACGAUAAUCAAAAUAUCACAAAUCAUGAGUAGUGCGACUCUUUAUUGUAGAAGCCUUAGAAAAGAUAUCACGAGUUACCGACAUCUUAAUUCUCACCCUAGAAUUGGAUUCUCACAUGUCCAAAAGACAGACUCUUGUCACGGAAACAUAAUUUUAUCUCAUUUUUAGAUUCUCAUCACGUAGUAAUAGUGAUACGUGUCUAAUGCGUGUAUCGUGUGAGUGUGUUAUGUGAGUGGGUGCUUGCUUAUAUAAAGUCUUAAACUGAAUGAGAACAUAGAGAAAGAGUUAAAACAAAUAUAUCAUGAGGAAAAUGAAAGGUGAUUUUCUCACAUUGGCUCUUAUAUCUUUACUAUUGGCUAUCUCAUUUGUUCAUGGAGGAGGAGAGUCUGGAACCCCUGCUCAUUCGGCGGUCAGCCAGAAUAGUCCGACCGGAGGGUCCAGCGGUGCAAGUGGUUCGGCUCAUGGACCUAAUUGGGAAUAUGAUUGGGGAUGGGGAUCAACACCAGAAGGUGGUUAUGGCUAUGGUUCAGGUUCAGGUUCAGGUUCAGGUUCAACACCAGAUGGAGGAAAAGGGUCCGGGUUUGGGUUUGGUUCUGGUUCAGGAACUGGUGUUGUCUCAGGAGGAGGAGGAGCCACAGGCGGUGGCUCUGGCCAUGGUAGUGGGACCGGACAAGCAAAUGAAGGCGGUGGCUCAGGGGGUGGAAAUGGUGCAGCUUCUCCAGGUCGUAGAGAAAGGAGCCAACACCGUUAAGCAUUUCGUGUUACCUCUUUAACACAUCUAUAAAUAAGACUGGAAAAGAAAACUAAAAGUAUUAUUAUUGUAAUGUAUGAAUACUACAAGCUUGAUGAAUAAAUAAGGAUCAAACGAAUAAUUAAAAUAGUUGGGCGUUUCCUCUGUACUACGUAUUAUAGCUAAACCUGAUGUAUCUUUUGUUUUCUAUGCAAAAAGUCGUGUAUUAAUA